AUGGUGCCGCUGGGGGUCACGUCCUUCAGCGGGCGGACUCGGCCAGCUUCUAUCCAGAAGUUCCUGGCUGAGGUGACCAGAGUGCCGAGUGUUCCUUCAGGUUUGCGUUGUUUAGGCGCAGACACGACUUCGUUGGGCGUGGGCUGGGACUUGGAGCCGGCCAGCACAGACACGCGCCUUUGGGAGACUCUGAAGCCCUUGUACUUCCACUUGGAGGUGUGCAAGAAGCCCGCGAGCUUAUCCCAUGCCAGUGGAUUCCUCACAAUGCUCAUGUUAAUGCCACCGGCAUCGCCAGCGAGCCCGAGAGCAUCGCCAGCUGUGUCUUCUGCGCUGCUGUCAGCAACAUCCUUGUUGCACUGGGAACCGCUCGGCGUUCUACUACAGCCUGAGGCACGUGAACAUUGGCUCUGUGGACUGGAGAAAGACACCGAGUAUCUCGUGAGAAUGCGCGCACGGAAUCGCAAUGGCUUCAGCGGAUACUCGUUGCCGAAUCUCUCUGGAGUAUUCACGACUAGCGAUGGUGGUCGACGCCGCAGCACCUCAAGUCUCCAACGGUUCUUUGGGGCCAUUAAAGUGGAUCCGCCGAUGGAAGACAUCGCUCUCUCGUUUAUUGGAGACCUGCACUUCGAGCUGAUAGAGGCUCGAGGUCUACCGCGUGCCAGCACGUCCACUCUGUUGGCAUCACCAAUGAGCCCGAAGUCCCAGAAAGCUUCUCAAGGGCGCUACUACGGAGUGGUAAUCAUUGAAACACCCGCAACACCGGACGUCGAAUGCAGUGGAGACUCGCGCGCCAGCAACAGAUUAAUUUAUUGCGUGCGGUCUCCGCUGGCAUCGCUGCAGCAAGAUCUGGUGCUAUCCGGGAGCUCGCAGGUGUGGCGGCAUCCUCGAUUCGCACUCAGCACUGUGUUUCGUGUACCCGAGUCUCUCUCGAACACCCAAGUAACCAUCGCCGUACACCACGAAACCCAAGGACAAUGUGAUUCAAGCUGCGUCGGUCGACUCACACUCUCCCUGCUCGAUCUGGUGCAAGGGAUGCCGGCUAAAAUGCAGUGGCUGCCUCUGAUUAUUAUGAACGACCAACAAGCCGAUAGUAGGGUAGUUCUGCUGCGUACACUUUUCCUCCCGAACGGAAUCUCGGAGCUACCGCAUCCGACAGUGCCCGAUAUGUGGGGCUCUACGGCUGAGGAACUGCUCAGCACACCACAAGCGCUGACAUCUGGAAAAGGAGAUGAAAUUGGAAGGGGUUCGCCUCCCAGUUCGUCGAGUUCGUCAGCGUCGACAUCUUCCACCUCCUCGUGCUCAAGCUCGUCGCCGUUCUCACACUCCUCCUCGUGUGUAGAUCGAUUGGGUUUUGCAGUUUUUGAUCCCGAGAUGCAGCUACGGAAUGGCGAGUGGUGUCCCCGCAGAGUCCCCUCUGGAGCUACGAGGUCCUACGCGUACUAUCAACUCUUGGUCGAUGCUCUGGAACGGCUACAGGAGACACGAUGGCGAAGUCUCCGGUGCAAAGUUCAUGCUGGGAAAACGAACGAAGUGCCUUCCGUCUGCUACGUUAAAGGUACGAACACUUCAACUGGCAAAAACUGCGACGACUUUUUCGGACCUGAACCGUGUUCCUUCGGCACGAGUGAGCGACGAGAAGUGCGGGAGCUGGUCUGGCGGGGGAUACCCAUGUCUCGUCGAGCCGAGUUGUAUUCACAGAUGAGCGGGGUGUCUACGACUCAGCACCAAUUCCCGCGAAACUACUUCUUGGGCCUAACUCAUCGACUCGAAGACCCGGCGGAUGCGGUGCAUUCUGGAGCGAAGAACUCGCGCUUCGCAGUCGCCAAGAAGCAGAUCCAAGUGGACUUGAAGCGCACUUUUGCUGGUAAUGACGAGUGCUGGCUCACGUCGGAUGCAGGGCAGAAGUCGCUACAGCGCGUGCUACUCGCCUAUGCGCUGCACAAUGACGAUCUGGGCUACUGCCAGUCCAUGACGUUUGUCGUGGGGCGUCUGCUGUGUCUGUUCCACAGCCAAAGUUGCGAUGGUGAGGCUGAACUACCGAUUCAAGACGAGGAACGCGUGUUCUGGCUCCUUCACGUGCUCUGCGAGGACUUCUUCCCGUCCUACUACACGCAGGGAAUGACUGGGUUGCAGGUGGACGGCGCCGUGCUGGAAAAGCUCAUGCGGAUGCGGCUCCCGAAGUUGUACCGGCACUUCCAGCAGCUGCACACGCCUCCGAUGGGACUUGUACUCGUAACACAAUGGCUGCUGCCGCUCUGCUGCGCCGUCUUCCCCAGCGAGACGACGUUCCGGUUCCUGGAUGUGCUCUUCUACGAGGGAUCCUCGGUUGUGUUUGCAGUGGCGAUCGCGCUGCUACGCGUCUCACAGCACGAACUGCUGGCCGAGAAUGUGGACUACACGCAGCUUUUCCGCUUUCUCCGCGCCCGAGACCAGCGCCUUCACGACGCACCAUUGCUGAUGGAGGUGGCGUUUGAAGAGCACCAGCUACUCGCGCCUCAAAUCGGGUCUCUACGACAGCAAGCGGCUCGAGAACUAGGCAUCGACCAGGACCAGCAAACGUCAAAGCCCGCACGCGCCAAGAAGAUGUCCAAGCUUCCAGUCGACGAGUUGAGACCGGGAGACGUCGACAUCAGCAUCUGA